GAAGAGCUACGUUGGAAAAACCGUCUGGCAUGUUCACUUGGAGGGCGGCGGCUACUGCUACGACCAGGAAAGCUGCGAGUCACCAGCCCACAGCGAUUUCCUGGAGUCCAUGCAAAAGCGCAGCAGACAGAUCUGGAAGGGCGGAGUUUUUGCACGAGGUCUUGGGGCGACCCCCUUCCUCGCCACAGCUGCUCAUGCUUAUAUCGGGUACUGCAGUUCGGACUCGUGGAUGGGCAAUACUUCUCGAACAUGGCGCGGUCAUACCUGGUACUUUGAGGGCGCCCACAUCUUGGCGACUGCAGUCUCCACUCUGCUGGAGCAGCACGGCAUGAAGAACGCUGCGCUGGUGCUCUUCAGCGGCUGCAGUGCUGGUGGUCGAGGCAUGGUUUACAACUUGGACGGCUUGUGCCGCCUUGUCCGUGCCUCUGUGCCCAAAGUGGCCUGCGCGGGAUUGGGAGAUGCUGCCUGGUGGGUGGACAGUGUGUCAGUGCCACCAGCUUCUCCUUCAGGUUCGGAGAUUGUUUGGGAGUCCCGCCUGCGCCGUGUCACCCUCUUAGGGAGCCAACUCUGGGGAGGCUCCACUCUCUCUGAGUCCGUUGAGAACUGCCGGCGCCAAAGAGGCUGGCAUCCGGGCGCCGAAUUUGUCGAAGGAGCCGAGCUCGGGCCGGGAUCUCCAAACGUUAGUAGUUUCGACCCAUGCAUGUUCGGGCCCGUGCUGUCCAGCUUCGUGGAGUCACCCCUCCUCCUGUCAAUGCAGCUGAACGACUGGUUCCAGUUCGAGCACCUUGCGAAAGACCUGCACAGCAUCUUCUUUGGAGGUCCUCUGGGCGGACCGGUAAGCAGACUGGACAUGACAGUCAUAGGCUCUCUGCGAUCAGAGCUGAUGCAGACUCUCCGGAUUGGCACGGAGAUGAGCCAGGAAAAGCUGCGCCUUGUAUUCGCCUCUGCAUGCUACGGGCACUGCAUCUCUGAAGGGGACAGCUACUACACCGUCCGGCUCAAGGAGGGUCCUGGCAGAGGCCUAUCCCUCAACGACACCACCACGAUGUUCCUCCAAGCACUCCUUGGUUGGGAGCAUGUGACUUCCCAGGCGUUCAUUGAGCAGGAACAAUGCGGCACUCUGAGCUGCAGCAGCGGCUGCACGCCGCGGCGACUCUGGAAGACCAUUCUGACAAUGCUGGCGAAGUAUGUCGUCCUUCCCUUCUUGGUAGUCUGUGUUGUUCUGCGGCUGUGUCGCUCAAGCUCUGCCAAGGUGGAAGGUGGUGGCAAUAGUCGUAGCUCGCCACGCCAUGUGGUUGAUGGCAGGCGCUAG